UUGUUUAUAUACUUACCUACAAAUACGAACCCCAAAUCGAUAUGGGUUUUCUUAGAACUGAAAAAAAUGUCUGAAACCAAGACCUUCGAUGGAAACGCUAACAAUCAGUCCACGACCAGCGGCGGUGGCGGUGGCGGCGGUGAAUUAUCCUCCUUCUUCCUCAAGUCUGCCAAUGACCUCUCCAAUCUGCAUGCUCAAACGCUCAAAUUGAACAAGCUCUCCUUUGAUGCUGGCCAUAGACAUUCCUUGGAAAGAUUUAAUGAGUGGCUGAUGAUGAAGAUGCAGCAAGGAAUCCCCAUUACUCCAACUUAUGUUUUAGCCUAUUUGCAGGAGGAGAUCAAUACAAGGACAACUGUCUGUCAAGAAAGUGAGCCGGAUUUGUCUCCAAACAACACUGCAGGUCAUCAUCAACCACGAGAUGAUUAUGAGAUGGAUAAUGAUGAUGGGUAACCGUUUUUUUAUUUUCUCAAGCUUAAUUUCCUUCAUACUAUACAACUUAGUUGAACACUCCAUCCAUCUACUUGUUCAAUACAUAUAAAAAGCUUGUAAUAGCAACAUUUUGGUAUCUCUUUAAUAGAAGCUGGAGAUAUUGUUGUGAUGAAGUUCGAAAUGGAUUUAAUUUGUGGUU